UCCCAGAUCCACAUGAAUAAAUACUGAGCGUGUCUGCUCCCACCUUUACUCUCACUGAUCACCUACCACUGAAACCAUGCUCUGCUUCAGCACCACACUCUUGCUGGCAGCAACUUGUUUGCUUGUUAGUGGAGGUGUCCCCACAGAGACAACUACCACCUGUGAAGGCAACCAUGUUCAUCGCCUGAGCUGUGAUAUUGGAGUGAUCCGUGUUAAGUCAGCAUUGUACGGACGUGAAGACAGUGAGACCUGCAGCGAGGGAAAACCUCAGGAGCAGAUUACUAAUAGGGAGUGCUCACUGUCGGGUGCAGUGGAUGUCCUGAAGUCCAGAUGUGAUGGAAAACUUGUGUGUGAACUAAGCGUAGACAUCUUUGCACAAAAUGAUCCCUGCACAGACACCUAUAAAUACCUGCAAACAAGCUACGACUGCCUCCCAUCAAUUCACCUCAUAACAUGUGAGCAAUCUAUAGCACACCUGGACUGUGAUGACGGGCAGGUUAUAUCUGUCUACAAUGCUAAUUAUGGGCGCCACGACCAGACCACCUGCUCUUACAAACGGCCUGCCUCUCAGAUCCAAAAUAUCGACUGCUCAAGCCCCACCAGCAUAGUCGCUGAGAGCUGCAAUGAGAAAAACAACUGUACUAUCGCGGCAAGUAACUCAGUGUUUGGAGACCCCUGUGUUGGCACUGUUAAGUACCUGGAGGUGGCUUAUGUUUGUCAGUAUCCCUCAUACCAGUGAUCAACCCAGACGAGGACAUAUUGAAAUUACCAUAAGAUCUUAAUAUAAUAUACAUGCAUUAAAUAAAACACAUUAAAUCAUG